GCAGAAGAAGAAGUUGGAGGCGGAAGUAAGAAGUAAACUGAAGGCAGCAGCAGCAGCAGCAGAAGAAGAAGAAGUAAUGUGAAGAAGUGUGAACUGUUCCUCUGAGUGAGAGAUUGGGAUUCAGCAUGGCGCAGUCUGGAUCCGGUUCAGGAACAGGAAACCGAGACUGUCGGUGGCCCGGCCGUCCAGACUCGGGGUCUCAUCACUUAUCCGCAGGGGGAAUAGGAACAGACGUCAUCCUCACCAAAAUCAACCAGCACAUGAGCAUGCAGCAGGAGAAGAGAAGAAAAGGAUGGACAGGUCUCGACACUGUAAGCCUCUGGACCCGCACUUUGCAUAUCCCCUCCCGAAGAAUUUCUACGGCUCCGAUGACUUCGCUAACGACGAACUGCCUCAGCACGGCUGCAUAGACUUUGGGCAUGGGGGUGAAGCCCAGAGGCCUCGCGGUUCUCCAGGGGAGGACCACGGGGCACAGCCUGUCUUCAGCACCAGGAAGGCGAAAAGGAAGUUAUGGAAGAAGCGAUCGAAAGCUCUGAAGGCUGCAUAUAAAGCUCAGGCAGCGUUGGGUCUCCACAGCACAGGUGGCACUGACGACAUCACAACCGAGAAGCAGCAGGUCCCCCCGGAGCAAGAAGGGAAGAAGAGGAGGGACGGGCCGACCGACGCCGACGAGCCCAAGUUUAAAAUCGCCAAGACCUCGUGCGAGUCCACAGGCGACCACAAGGAUUCAGCGAACAAGGCGGAACAACCCGAGAGAGCUGCAGCUCGAACUGUCUCUAUCUCAGGAGCUGAAGGACUAAAUAAUGAGGAGCUCCCUCAGCUCAAAAUCAAGUUUCAGAACAAGAAGGUCCAACCCUCAGACAAUGGUGCAGGAAGUCAUGCUGAGGAGAUCCAUGAGAAGGCCUCCAAAUCUGCAGCUGUAAGAGAAAGCUAUACUUCCUAUAAAAAAGUUGAUCCUCAACAAAGGAGGCAAAGUAAUGAGCAUUCAGGAACCAGGACUGGCCACGAGAGGAAUCCUAAAAAGAAGGCCAAAAAGAAGAACCAGACCUACUUUUGGAACCCAGGAAUGAAGAUCACAGCCCAGAGGGUAGCUUUUGUAUGCUCGGUGUGCAAGUUCCACUCGUUCUACAGAAAAAAGUUGGCAGAACAUUUGGAAAGCACAUUCCACAAAGAACACUUCAAGUUCCUGUUGGAGCACCUCUCUGAACCGACUGUGAACUUCCUGCAGGGACAUUUCAAGAAGAGGCAAAACAAUGUUGAGAAUUUCAUUAGUCAUCUACAGAAUCACCGGGAGACCCUCUGUCAGCUGUAUGAAGAUCGGGACCUGACUCGAGACAUCAGCAUGGAGAACUUCAUUAGGAAGGCGGAAGCAGCUCACUGUGUAGCGUGUAACAUGUACAUACCCAUGGUGCAUCAAUUGAUUCAGAAACACCUCAAGUCCCCUGAGCAUAAUCAAAACUGCAGGAUGAUGAUGGUGGAGUCUAAACAGAUGGGGCUGUCCAUUGCCCAGCGCAUCCUCAGUGAAAGAUUUAUGAAGAAGAAAUUGAAGUUGUACCUCAAGGACGCCAUGGUGACCAAUAAGCCUGAAGUGAACCAGGAAGUUCCCAAUGCAGUACCAGAUAUGAUGAGCCAAGACGCUUUCUGUGACCAGGUGUCCAAAGCUUCAGAGGCAGUCAGAAACAGGAAAGACCAAGUGGAGCCAUUCUGUGAACAGGUGAUCAACACUGAAGAAGAACCAGGAGAACGGAAAGACCAACAGGUGGAGCCAUUCUGUGAACAGGUGAUCAACACUGAAGAAGAACCAGGAGAACGGAAAGACCAACAGGUGGAGCCAUUUUGUGAACGGGUGAUCAACGCUGAAGAAGAACCAGGUGAACGGAAAGACCAACAGGUGGAGCCAUUUUGUGAACGGGUGAUCAACGCUGAAGAAGAACCAGGAGAACAGAAAGACCAAGUGGUGGAGCCAUUCUUUGAACGAGUGAUCAAUGCUGAUGAAGAACCAGGAGAACGGAAAGACCAAGAGGUGGAGCCAUUCUGUGAACAGGGAAUUGAGGCUGAAGAGACAGUGCGAGAACCAGAAAACCAAGAGGUGGCAACAUCAUCUGAAGGCAUGAUCACAGCUACAGAGGCAGUGAUGAACAGGAGGGAGCAACAAGCAGUGCCAAUGUGGGAAGAGUCAAAUCCAGCUGUAGUGCCAAAAAGGAAUGAAGACGUUCAAGAGAAACCUGAAAGACAAGACCUGGCACAGUUGCUCUUCAGCUUGCUUGAUGAAGAGGAAGACAUGGAAGGGGUGGAGUUAGGAGAGGAAGAACAGGAGGAGAAUGAAUACCUUUAGGAGGCAGAAGUUUUGACCCGUUGUUGGUCUCUUGGCUUUUCGGUUCAGAUUCUGUUGCCUGGAGCGAUUUGAACUCUUGGAUCUUAUGUGAGUUUAAGUUGACGUUAUGUUUGUAUCAUUUAUAAAUAGUCAUUAAAAACCCCUAUUCUUCUUUUGUUUACACGAACACUUUCACACCAAACUGGUGCUGCUCUCAAGUCUGAUGCCUUUCAGCACUUCACCACCAUCAAACCAGCAGUUUGUGCAAUCACAUCGCUCACCAGGAGGUGGUGCUAUUGUGUCAGACAAUUUCAGCAACAAGCCAUGAAUAAUUUAUAUUGUUAUGAAUAUUACUAUUUAAAAAUGUUAAAUAUAGUAAUAAAUAAAUGCUCAGAACGGGACACAGACCAUUAACAGGCACUGGCAAAAGCACACCUGGCUGUGUCUUUGUGCUGUCGAUGUGGAAAACAUCUUCAGAACAGCUGGAACGACGUCAGCAGUGGUGUUCACAGGAAAUUUAUUCCGUUGUGGGAACGAAAUAGGAACGUUUCCUCGAUUUCUUCAUUCUGUAUGAUGACAGUAGCUUCAUCUAGAGCCUGGAUUUAUUGGAUCAUAGGGUUUGGUGAUCAAGCACACCUGCACUAUAUAUUUAUUAGUGAUUAUAAAGACACUAAGAAUUCAAACAAAACCACUGAAUUGUACAUUACAUGUAAAUAUGAAGGAUGUGAUAUGAGUUAAUAGUUACAAUAAUACAAAUGAAUAAAAGCUGAAGUAAAUAUUGA